GUCUCUAUUUUCACUUUGAUAGUUACACAUUUUUGUGUGUAUCUACCCAAAAAAGCUUCAGCAUGGCAACGGAUACUAGAAUUCCCACAGUUGCUGCUGAAGAGAUAGACCUGACCACUGUUCGUGUUGUUGUAAUUGUCCCAGAACUGACUUUAAAAACAAAAGUGUUUGGGGCAAAGGAACCCAGCAAAAACUGUAAAGUAGAAGUUAAACCAGAGACAAGAAGUUUACAGUUCACUGCUGAAAUAGAAGAAAAGGGUGGUAAGGUGAUCAAGUAUGAAUAUAAAGCCAACAAACUGCCCGGGGACAUCGAGCCUAAUUGUAAACCUGAGUUUAAAAAGGGGCAGGUAAUUCUAAAUUUGAAGAAGAAGGAAGAGAGUUCGUGGGCGGUGCAGCUCUCUAAGAAUGGACUUGAUCAGGAUCCAGAUGCCUAGGCACAGAAAGCAGAGCCAAGGAUAUUAAAUCGGAUGAAUCCUCUGAUUGGAUUGAAGGCUUAUUUGUAAACAUUUAGUACUUGAGCUGAUAUCAUGGUCAACAAGAUUUUAUAUGAGGUAUUGUACCUAUACUUAUCAACUGAUAUGCUGAAGUAAAAUAUGCAUGCAGUAAUUUCUACUUUUUAUGCCUGUCAUAUGUUGCUAGCUUUGCAAAACCUAGAACUACCUUGUAUCAAUUAAAGAUUUAUGACUAAAUGUUUUAAUGUUUAACUCCCUCUUAUACAUCACAAAGAACUGUUUCUAUCCUAUCUAUGAUAUUCGAUGACUGUUGAUGAUAUUAAUAACUUUAUAUUGGAAGGGUUUUGAUGUACAUAGAAUAUUAUAUAAGACUAUAUUUUAAAAAAUUAAUAAACGUAAUGAUUAAAUAGCUGACAAAAAACAA